AGUUUGACGAGAAAAUGGCGACAAAAAAAGAAAAAGGGAAGAUGGCCCCAGCGAAAGUUGAAAAGGAUCUGAUCCCCCAUCCGCAGCCGCCAAACGUUUUUCUCUACAUCCAACUGGCUAACAUUAAAAACCUGCCGGUCACAGAAUAUCCGCUGGAGAUUCACAUCAGCCAGGCCGAGAGUACGAUUGUGAAGUGCGAGGACCACUACAAUAUAGAUGGAAUUAUCUUCGAAGCAGAGUUCCUCUCCAAGCCCACCUUUACGCUGAUAUUCCAGCAGGACAAUGUGGAUCGGAUGAACCAUGCUGCUGACAAUCCGCUGCUGAUCCAGUUGUACAUGCACGUGAUCCCGAUGGUGCCGACCUUGGAAACGCAGGAGGAACUGUAUUUCGAGGAAGAAGAACUGGAGGCGGACUUAGAAGUGGACCCGUCUCUGGACAGGAUCAUUGAGGAGGAAGAGUUGGUACCGAUAGAGUCGGAAAGACUGCAGCUGCUGAGUGUGGGCUACCUCGACGUGAUCAAAUUGUUCGGCCACCGGCGGAGCAUGAUCAGCGAGGAGCUCUUCCUGUACCCCAUGCCGGAUGUGCCCAAAGAACUGCGCUCGGCCGUCCAUUCGGAAUGGCACCUGUAUACUCUUCUGCCCAUUGCCAAGGAGCUGACUUUCACCAACAUGGCCUUCGUGACGUUCGAGAGCAUCUAUAACAUGAAGGAGGAGUAUAUUCUGGACGAGGAGUCGAUGAGCGUGCGACUAAGCUUUCGCCCAAGGGUGCCCGGCAACGACUCUCAACUAAUACCGCUGGGCGAGUUCUGCCAUCUGGAGCGGAAGAUCAUCUGCUCGCAGGACCCCCACCUAGUGUUUGAGUCCUUUUGCCGCAUUACGGAAACGCCGAAUGUCACCGGCUUAAAGUCCGCCAUGCAGUUGGAGAUGUUUAAGCUCUUCUCGGGACUUUCUUGCUCAGAAGGAAUGACUGUGGCCUUUUCCGGCAUCGAUCGAAGCUUCGAUGAGGCCCUUGUUUGUAACUCCUUCCACCGCUACAUACUCACCCAGAAAAUGGCAGAUGUUCUGUCCUACGCCGUCACAUACCAGCAGUAUGUACUAGCUGUAGAUGUUUUUCAAAGCACUGGAUCUGGAAAGUCCCAAAAGGUUUUUCAAGGUGUCCUGGAUCCGUCCAUAAUGGUCUUCCCGGGAGUGCAAAACAUGAGGUUCGCCGUCCAGCUGGAUUAUGUGGGAAAAUUGAAGUCUUCAACCAAGGCCCAGAUCCAGGUGGGCUCGAUCAGCUCCAAUCCUGCUCAUCAAUCAACGUUCGCCAUCAUUAGACUCUGUUUGCUGGCGCCGAUCGGAGAGAUCUACAACGAGCUGAAGGUGUUCCACGAGAGCUUUGUCAUGCACAACCGACUGAUAUCCUGCCACCAACCGGACCAUCAGAAUAGAGUGAUGCCACUGGCCACUAUUCAACAAGAAUCCUAUGCCCGUUUCGACACCUUCAUCCGCGGCUGCAUCGGCGCUAUUGUGGAGAAGAAUGUGAGGCAAAUAGAGGAUCGCAAACAGUACUUCUGUUGUGCCGUGCAGAACCUCACAAACAUCCUGAUGAAAAUCGUGGGCAGCGUAUACAACACACGAAUCCCUACUACGACGAGUGUGGAGUUUGCGAACCUCUGCUCCUUGGUAUAUAAUGAACUGGAGCCCCGUGUCUAUUCCCUGGUGGAGCAGGCUGACAACGAGGGCUUUUACAGUUAUGCGACCAGAAAGGAUGUCCAGACCGCUCGGAUCAUCGACCACAUGAACGCCAUCAAACUGCUGAAUACGGUGAACGAUGAGCCCUUUGCGGCCCUCCUACUUGAGAAGAUUACCGGAGAGUUCCCUAGUGACGAAGGCUUCCAUUUCUACAUGCUUAUCGCGCACAUGGAGCGUGGCGAGUACGACAAGGCGAAGGCGUACUUCACCAAGAAUCACAUGGCGGACAACAACGACUAUUUUGCGGGUUGGAUUAAGUUGUACAUCAACUACAUGGACUCACGCGACAACCCGGAAUCCGUCGCCGACUGCACCGAGUGUCUUCUGCGGAGCAUAGCACUAUACGCGGAGCUGCAUCCGGACCAACAGGAAGCCUGGAUUCUCCUGUACUGCUAUUACAAGCAGUUCAAUUACGAGCCCGGCUGCGCCUUCGCUCGCUGGCGAUUCGAGGAUCAGCGGGUGCGUAACCAGCACAAGUUUCCCCCGGCCCCGGAAAGCAUGUGGAGCAUCUUUCUCAACCUGGAGCCAAACUUUUCUUCGGCGAGGGGCUAUCUCUUCUUCCAAGUCUUUAUGAGGUUUGUGCGCUUGGGCCUCUACGAGUUUGCACAGAUUGUCUUCGGUGCCGUGGAGCAUCUAUGCAGUGAUGCGGAUCGGUACAUGAUAAAUACCCAGAUAGCCGUCCUGAGAAACCAAUUGGAUGAAGACUUUAAGCUACAAAGUUUCGAAUUCGGAGAGGAUGAUGCAGCAGACAAAUUGGCUGCCUUGAAUGCACAGGUUAAUGGAAAUGUUGAGUAUUCUCGAGGCAACUUAGAGGAGGCGGCUCUCUACUACCAGUGCAGCCUGACCCUGCCACCUGUGGAGGGAACCAAACGCGACUGCUUCCAGGUGAGCAAAAUACGGCUGGGCUACAUAUCGUACGAGAUGGGCAACUAUCAGGAGUGUGUCCAGGCGCUGGACGGACAGUUUUCCGGCAAACUACUGCCCCUAAUGUCGAACUAUCUAAUGGGAAAAUCGUACUAUAAGAUGGACAGCCUGGACAUGGCUCUCGAGUGCUUUGCCAACUGCACGCGGGUAGAGAGCCAUAUACCAAAUGUUUGGGGAUUCCUGGCGCUGAUAAACUUGCGACUAGGCCAGAACUUUAAGGCAAUAGAAUGUUGGAAGUAUGCGAAGAUAGAGCCAACCUACAGCAUCAAUGACCAAAUGAUAUUCGACGAACUGGAAGCCAUCGACUAUGACUCUGUCGAUUUGUAUAUCGACACACCGGGGAGGAUAACCGAGUAUAUCAUCGAAGAUGCGCAGAGCUUUCUGUGAC